AUGAAGGUGUUUGGGGGGUCCCCUGGUGCCUCUCCAGGGGCCUCUGCCAGUGAUAAAGCAUGUGUCCAGGCUGUGAGGGUUUGUCACUCUGGGACCAACCGCAGUGUCUUCACCAGGAAGAGGGGCUACGACAUCACCAGAAACCCUCACCUGAACAAGGGGAUGGCGUUCACGCUGGAAGAGCGUCAGCAGCUGGGCAUCCACGGCUUGUUGCCUCCCUGCUUUCUGUCCCAGGAUGUUCAAGUCCUGCGUGUCAUGAAGAGCUAUGAGCUGCGCUCAAAUUCACUCGACAAAUACAUUUUGCUCAUGACGCUGCAAGACAGAAAUGAGAAACUUUUCUACCGCGUCCUGACUUCUGACAUUGAGGAGUUCAUGCCCAUUGUGUACACUCCCACUGUGGGCCUGGCCUGCCAGCAGUACGGACUGGCCUUUAGGAGGCCGAGAGGGCUUUUCAUCACGAUCCACGACAGAGGUCACAUCGCUACCAUGCUCAACUCCUGGCCUGAAGAAGACAUAAAGGCCAUAGUAGUGACUGACGGCGAGCGUAUCCUGGGCCUGGGGGACUUAGGCGGUUAUGGAAUGGGCAUCCCUGUGGGGAAGCUGGCCCUGUACACCGCCUGCGGAGGGGUCUCACCUCAACAGUGCCUCCCUGUGCUCCUGGACGUUGGCACCGACAACCAGACACUUCUCGAUGACCCCUUGUACAUUGGACUAAAACACAAGAGGAUUCGAGGCAAGGAAUACGAUGAUCUGAUUGAGGAGUUCAUGCAGGCCGUGACAGAUAAAUAUGGAAUGAACUGUCUCAUUCAGUUUGAGGAUUUUGCCAAUAGCAACGCAUUUCGCAUCCUCAACAAAUACAGGAAUCGAUACUGUACCUUCAAUGACGACAUCCAAGGCACUGCCUCGGUGGCUGUGGCUGGGGUCCUGGCAGCUUUAAGGAUUACAAAAAAUACUCUUUUAGACCACAAGUUUGUGUUCCAAGGAGCAGGCGAGGCUGCGAUGGGGAUUGCCCACCUGCUCAUCAUGGCCAUGUCGAAGGAGGGAGUGAGCAGAGAAGACGCAGCCAAAAGAAUAUGGAUGGUGGACUCUAAAGGUCUCAUUGUGAAGGGAAGAGGAAACCUGAACCAUGAAAAGGAGGAGUUUGCUCAUGACCACCCACACGUGAAGACCCUGGAGGAGGUGGUGGAGACCAUCAAGCCCACUGCCAUCAUAGGUGUUGCAGCCAUUCCAGGAGCCUUCACUGAGAAGAUCAUCAAAGACAUGGCUUCGUUCAAUGAAAGGCCGAUCAUUUUUGCUCUGAGUAACCCCACCAGCAAAGCAGAGUGCACGGCCGAGCAGUGCUACACCCUCACAGAGGGUAGAGGUAUUUUUGCCAGUGGAAGUCCCUUUAAUAAGGUCACUCUGGCUGAUGGACGCACCUUCUACCCCGGUCAGGGCAAUAACGCCUAUGUGUUUCCUGGAGUGGCUCUGGGGGUUAUUGCCUGUGGCGUGCGCCACAUAAGCGAGGACAUCUUCCUCACAACAGCAGAGGCCAUCGCUGACAUGGUGACGGAGGAAAACCUGGCUGAAGGCAGACUGUAUCCUCCUCUGAACACCAUCAGAGAAGUUUCUUUUAAGAUUGCUGUUAAGCUCAUAAACUAUGCAUAUAAACACAACAUGGCGUCCGUUCACCCGGAGCCAAAGGACAAGGAGGCGUUUGUGCUCUCCCACAUCUACAGUCCUGAUUAUGACUCCUUCACUCUGGACAGCUACUCCUGGCCUGAGGAAGCCAUGAAUGUCCAGGACGUCUGA